AUGUCUUCAAAAUCACCGACACCUACAAUACAUUCAAUUCAAGUCACUCCAUACGAGUAUCAAGAAGAUGAUGAUAAAUUUAAUAAAAAUUUCAGAUCCAAAUCAUCAUCACCAUUCAUAGCAUCAUCUUCAAAUAUAUUACACAUACUACAAAAUCUAUUUCAUAAAUUCAAAAAUUUCAUUUUAAUUUUAACAUUUUUAAUUGUACUAUCUUUAUUUUUCAUAUUUAAUGGUCUUUCACCAAAACUAUAUACUCCAAAUCUAUCAGGAAUAGACAAUGUAACAUUUUUUGAUUUAGCAGAUUCAAGUGGUACAGCUAAUGGUUGGCAAUAUGAUGAAAGAGUUCUAUUCUGUGUACCAUUAAGAGAUGCAGCAGCUCAUUUACCAAUGUUUUUUGGUCAUAUGAAAAAAUUAACAUAUCCUCAUAAUCUUAUAGAUUUAGCAUUUUUAGUAAGUGAUUCCAAAGAUGAUACAAUGGGAGAAUUAUUAAAACAAUUAAAUGAAAUUCAAUCUGAUUCAAAAUUAAAAUUUGGAGAAAUUGAAAUAUUUGAAAAAGAUUUUGGUCAAGUUAUUGGUCAAGGUUUUAGUGAUAGACAUGGUUUUGCUGCACAAGGUCCAAGAAGAAAAUUAAUGGCAAGAGCAAGAAAUUGGUUAUGGAGUGUUGCUAUAAAACCUCAUCAUUCUUAUGUUUAUUGGAGAGAUGCAGAUGUUGAAACUGUUCCACCAACUAUAUUGGAAGAUUUAAUGCAUCAUGAUAAAGAUGUUAUAGUACCAAAUGUAUGGAGACCAUUACCUGAUUGGUUAGGUAAUCAACAACCUUAUGAUUUAAAUUCAUGGCAAGAAUCAGAUGGUGGUUUACAAUUAGCUGAUUCAUUAGAUGAAGACGCAUGUAUAGUUGAAGGUUAUGUUGAAUAUCAAACUUGGAGACCUCAUCUAGCUUAUUUAAGAGAUCCAUAUGGUGAUCCUGAAGUUGAAAUGGAAUUGGAUGGUAUAGGAGGUGUAUCAAUUUUAACAAAAGCAAAAGUAUUUAGAACAGGUUCUCAUUUCCCAGCUUUUUCAUUUGAAAAACAUGCAGAAACUGAAGCAUUUGGUAAAUUAAGUAAAAGAAUGGGAUAUUCAGUUGUUGGAUUACCUCAUUAUGUUAUAUGGCAUAUUUAUGAACCAAGUUCAGAUGAUUUAAAACAUAUGGAAUGGAUGGCAUUAGAAGAAGUUAGACAACAAGAAGAAGCUAAAAUUAAAAAAGUUUAUGAUAAAGUUUGGGAUAAAGCUUUUGAAGAUGUUCAAAAAGAAUGGCAAUCUGAAAAAUCUAAAUUUUUAAAAAAUACAGAUAUGUCUAAACAUAGAAAAAUUCAAGUUGAUUGGAGUGGAGUUGAUGAUUGGGAUAUUGAUCAAAGUAAAAAAGAUGAUAAUAAACUAGCUGAUUUUAAUCCUAAAAUAGAAUAA